UAUCAUGCUGACAAUACAGCAAUUUUCUUACGUUAAAGCUGGAUUAUAGCACAUAAGUACUUUUAUUAAUAAAUAAAAUUAAUCUCGAUAUGCAAGAUAACUCGUUUGCAAUAUGUAUAAAAGGAAACAAUUUUAAAAAUCAUCAAUAGUUCCGACUACAAAAAUGAAAGUUGUUGCGAUUGUGUUGUUUGUCGUCAAGUUUGGGAGUUGUGCCAAAAUUUUGGCUCAUUUUAUAAUGCCGUCGAUAAGCCACCAGUUCGUCUAUCAGAAAAUAUGGAAAGAAUUAAGUCUGCGAGGUCACGAGGUUACGGUGAUAACUCCGAACCCUUUAAAAGACGAAAACCCAUUGGCAAACCUCACAGAAAUUGACGUUAGUUUUUCUUACGUGCUCAUGAAGAAAGCCUUAGAAAAAAAUGCGAUUGAUAAUAUCACGCCUGACAUAGGAAGUGUAAUAAAGGAAAUAUUCAUUGAAUUCAUGCCGAGACUGUUCGACCUUCAAAUGAAAGAUCCCGAUGUUUCGCGUAUUUAUAAAAAUGUUAAUGGAGAAAAAUACGACCUGGUGAUUGUAGAACCACUUUAUCCAGUAGUGUACGGUUUAGCUGCAAAAUACGAUUGUCCCUCCGUGGGAGUAAUUUCUCUUAGCGGGUUUAAAAUAGUAGAAAGGUCUGUAGGAAACCCGUCUCAUCCGGCACUCUAUCCGGACGUUUUCUUGGAUUAUAGUAACGCUGAAACGCUUUGGCAAAGAAUGCAUUCGACCUAUUCAGAUAUGAUAACGUACUUCAGUACUGUCACCAAAGAAGAAAUGAAAUUGAAAAUAUUGGAAUUAAUCAAUACAGACAAGUACCGUCAAAAAAUUGCAGAACUAUCGGAUAUUGCAUUCGAUCAGCCAAUGACAGGAGUGGAAAAAGCAGUAUGGUGGAUAGAAUAUGUGAUAAGGCAUAAGGGUGCAAGGCAUCUGCGCAACCCCUUGCUAGACAUGCCCUUAUACCAAUACCUGUUUUUGGACAUUAUUGCUCUAGUAUUAUCCGUCCUUGCGUUUGCAAUAUUUGUUAUAGUAUUUGCCAUCAAAUAUUUACUUAAGUUUAUUAAAUCAUGGCAAAAUUCAACAAAAAUAAAAUCAUCGUAAUUCCAUUUAAAAU